UGUUAAUAUAACCCAACGGCAACUGGGCCUGCCUGCAAGUAUUGAUCGCAUCUUGGGCUCUCGUCCCCAUGUACAUCGACGCCAACACCACCCAUGCCGAUGCUUGAACGUUUACCGGAACACUAGAACCAAGACUUUUAUUCAUCUUCUUCAACAAAAUCCAAUUUCUUCUUCUUCUAUCAUUGAAGGUUAAUUAAAAAGUAAGCACCCAGCUAAGCACUCCACUGUUUUCGAAUUUCCUGUUGAUUUGUUUCCACGCUUUCUCGCAUUCCUUUAACUGCAAAAAAAGAAGUCAUUGUCCAAAUUGUGCUCAAGGUUUCUUUUCUUUUAAGAGUCGAAGCACUAAAGAGAUGCAGAAAUUAGGUGACUUCAAGCUGCCCCAGUUCUUCAAUUACCCGCCCUACUUCACUUUGCAGCCAGUGAGGGACACUCGAGAGAAGCAGGUACAGCUUUGGAAGGAACUUAUCCUUGAUUACUGUAGGACUCAAAAGAUAUUCGUGAUUGGACUGGAAGAAGAAUUUCCUCUGUUUUCAAAUCAUUUGAUCGAAAGAUCUCUCAGUAAUGAAGCUAGAGAAGCAUUUCUAUCAGCGUUAGUGUCAGAAGGCCGUGCAGAAUGGUUGGACAGAGGACACAGAAAAUGCCUGAUUCUUUGGCACCGGAUUCAAGAUUGGGCUGACAUUCUCUUACAUUUUGUGAGAGAUAAUGGCUUCGAGGACAGUGUCAUGACUGUUGAGGAAAUACGCACAGGGGUUGAAUCUCGGGGAACAGAACUUCAUGGUAUAGAUCGCACAAUUUUGAUGCGAGCAUUGAAACUACUAGAACAUAAAGGGAAGCUUGCAAUCUUUAAGGGAACUUCAACUGAUGAUGAAGGUGUGAAAUUCUCUGUGUAAUGCUUCAACCGCUGCUUCGAUAAGUCUCUUGCUACUUUCAAGAUAUUAUACAAAUAUUAUCAGACCAUACUGGCUGUCACUAUGUUUUUGUGGAUUUGAUCAUUGUCAUUUUCCUUUUCCUAUGUAUGAUUUUGUUGUUCUUUUUGUAUCAUUCUGGGCAGUCGUGAUUAGUGAACAUUCUUUGCUUCCUCUGUUUUUUGGGAAGCGGUACCAAUUAAUGUGCAAUGUCAGGGGUGAUUUUGGUUU